GCGAGCCUUGCUCUUUUCCUUACCAGUGAGUUUUCAACAGUUGCUGGGAGAUAGAUCGCCUGGGUGAUGUCGACUUUGAGAUACCUUUGCAGAACUCUGAUUCGCACUUUCUACUGCACUCUUUGCCCUAGAAAGAAAAUGAUAGGAAAUGAAUAGCUGAAGAUGAAAAAGACCCAACAAACGGAGUUAAAUUGUGAUUAAUGGACACGAAGAAGAAAAUUGAGGAGAACUCACCACAGAGAGGCCAGAUCCCGCUUCAAUGCCAACGCUGAAGGCCCGGGCGGCAAUGCCCCAAUUUUGGAGGGCAAAGAGGGAAAAUGAGAGGGCAAAGCAAAACGUCAAUGACGCCAUUUCUCGAAGCAGCAGCAGCUUGGUUUUGCUUAAAAGGUUCUGAGAAAAUGGAGAAAGAGAUGAGGAAGUUGCAGAAGAAGACGAUUGAACUUUUCAAGCCCUCGACAGCCCAAUUCCUCCCCACUUUUUGGCUCUUGUAUCAUCAUGGAAGAAAGGUGAAACAAUGCCAUUCAUAUAUGAUACGGUUGAUUCAUCUUCGGGUCCGGGACUUGAUCAAACUGGCAGAUUAUCUUACCCAAAGGGAGGAUAUAGACCCGUUUAGGAUAGGAAUCACCGGUGAAUCACUUGGAGGAAUGCAUGCAUGGUUUGCUGCUGCUAUUGACACCCGCUAUUCCGUGGCUGUCCCCAUAAUUGGGGUUCAGGGAUUUGGAUGGGCUAUAGACCAUAAUAAGUGGCAGGCUCGGGUUCAAAGCAUCAAACCUGUAUUUGAAGAAGCACGGAUUGAUUUGGGCAAGAGCUCCAUCGAUAAGGAAGUGGUGGAGAAGGUGUGGGACAGGAUUGCUCCUGGUUUAGCCUCUCAGUUUGACUCCCCUCGUACGAUUCCUAUUAUUGCACCGCGCCCUCUGCUGAUAUUGAACGGUGAAAAGGAUCCCAGAUGCCCCAUUAAAGGCCUCCAAGUUCCCAAAUCAAGAGCAUGCAAGGCUUAUGCUAAAGCCUGCUCUUUGGAUAAUUUCAAGGUGAUAGCACAACCCAGAAUCGGGCACGAAAUGGCAUCCAUUAGAAUUGCGGUUACAUUGGAAUAA